CCACCCCCUGGAGAUCUUCAUCUGGUGUUUAACCUGAGCCCCCUGGUGAUUGUGCUGCCUUCCAGGGAAGACAAACACCACCCUGUGGUGGAUCUAGAUCUACACCUUCCAUUUCUCUGCUUUCAAACAAGGGAACUUUUACAGAUAAUCACAGCCAUCCUGGCCGAGCGGCGGAUUGUGUUCUUCUCCAGCGACUGGGCCCGGCUGACGGUGAUGGCGGAGUGCUUCAUGCUCUACAUCCACCCCCUGCACUGGCAGCACCCGCUGGUGCCCACGCUCCCACACCAGAUGCUGGACUUCGUCAUGGCGCCCACCGCUUUCCUCAUGGGCUGCCACCUCAGCCACUUUGAGGAGGUUUCUGCGGAAACGGAUGACCUGAUUUUAAUCAACAUCGAUGAUGGGACCGUGUCCUCGUCCAGCUCCGAGCUCAGUGACCUCCCAGCUGUGCCGUCAGCCGCCGCGGAGUGCUUCAGGACCCGGUAGGACACGUGUGCAGAGAGACCGCUCGGUCCUCAGUAGUGUUAAAGAUGGCGGGUGGGAAUGAGCGAGCGAGUGUGUGUGUGGUUGUGUGUGUUGUGCAGGAGGAGGACAUGUGUGCAGAGAGACCGCUCGGUCCUCAGUAGUGUUAAAGAUGGCGGGUGGGAAUGAGCGAGCGAGUGUGUGUGUGGUUGUGUGUGUUG